AAUAAUUAAUGCACAAUUACAACGUCGAUCAUAAAUAUAAGUUCCAGACCCGCAUUGGUAAUUGGUUUGAAGAAUGGGAAUUGGAUGAAACAAAGUGAUAAUAUGUGCAUAAAUUAUAUAGGAAGAAGGACUACUUAAAAAACAGAUAAAAUGGAUAACUGGCAAGCAUAGUGAAAGACACAAAGACAAAUUUCAGUUUAAGAUUAGCAUCUCUAUCAUUUCCUUAAGACGAUUAUAUCCAUUUUGGGUUUCAUUUGAUGCUUUAAAAUUUGAAGACUCUUGGGUUUUUGUCAAUAGACAUCUAAGAGAGAUUGAAAAUAGGAGAAGAGGCAUACAAUAUUACCACUGCAUAAAGCACACAACCUACAGUGAGAUCAGUGUUUGUUAUAAUUCCCUAUACUAAAGAACCAAAUUACUAUGGAGAUGAUGUAUUACACUAUGGAUAACAAUUCAGAAUUGUGGCUAAUCCUAGAAUAUCUAAUAAUAAAACAUUCUAUCUUCAUUCACUUCCCUAAACGCCAACCAGAUGUGCUAAGAUAUCUAGAAAGCAGGAAGUUUGUGCGAUUGAGAGUGAUGUAUUCAAUGCAGUUUGGAAAUUGGAACAUGCAGAUCCAAAAAUAAGAUUUGAGAUGGAAGGACAACCUGUUAGAUCAGAUGACACUGUGUUAAUUAAACAUUCUUUUACUUAGCAUUGGUUAGCCAGUGAUGACAUAGUUUAUUAAAAUGAUUUUGGAAGAGAGAGAGAAGUCUUUGUGCAUUCUUAUUAAUGCUUAAACAAAACUUAAAACUUAAUCGCUGAGAAGGAAGGGAGAACCACCAUUGAUAUUCCAUUGAGAAAUCAGGAGUAAAAGAAAAUGUUAUUUUAAUAGGCCAUAAAACUUAUGGAAAUUUUAGGUUGCUAGAAAUUAGAAUGAGCAAUUUGAUGAAUCUGUGAUGGAUGACAAUAGAAAUGUGAAGAAUUUAAUGAUAAGAGUCAAAUAACAAAUUACAGGCAAAGGAGCUUAUGGAUUGAGAGGAUUGGCUAAAAUAUUUUUGGAGAUGGAUUAGAAUAAUAGUUAUAUAAUACGUUAUAUUUUUUUAGAUGGAGUCGUAGAGUACAAUGAUUUCAAGUGGGGAUUGAGGAAUUUUGGAUUGACUCUAUCAGAGGAUGAGACUAAAAUGAUCUUCCAAACAUUUGAUAAAAAUGGCAAUGGGAAAAUUGAAUUCAAUGAGUUCUUGGAUGCCUUUAGAGUAUAUCUAAAAUCUAAUUAGUUAUAAAUGAGUGAUAAAAGACUGUAUUAUGUAUAAAGAGCCUAUGCAUCGAUUGAAUAAAAGGCAGGCAAAGUCACAUUAGAGACUAUGGGUCGAUUGAUUAAUGUAAAGGAACACCCAGAUGUCUUGAAAGGAUAUAAGACUGAAAGACAAGUGUUCUAGGACUUUGUAUCCCACUGGAAUAAAACAAAUCCUGAUAGAGUGAUUCCAUUUUAAGAGUUUGGAGAGUUUUAUUAAGUAUGUCUCUUGCGUCUAUUGUUUAGGAUGUGUCAUCUUCUGUGCAACAGGAUGAAACUUUUGAGGCUAUAUUAAAGAAAUCAUGGAAUUUAUGAUAAUUAUUAAUU